CGCGUGGACAGGGUGCUGCUUUCUCCUUGGUUAGCUUUCAGAUUUUUUUUUAAUCAACAUUAGCAUUUUAUUCAACGCAUUUCAACGAAAGUGUUGUUUUCUUUCUCCUUAAUUUUCAAUCCAAACGUUUUCUGGUAGGAAUAUCAUUUUCAUCUAUUUGCUUUUCUUGGGGGGUCUUAUUUUAACCGUAUUGUGUCAUCAAUUGUGCACCAUUGCAUACUGGCGACAAUGGAACUUGCUAACGCAUUCAAUCGAGAAAUAAGGCGUUGAGCGACGGGGAGAUGCGAGAGUCUCCAUUAAGUUAGCGUCUUGGACAUCAACUCUAAUGUAAUUAUAAUACAGAAAUCGAGCGAUUUACAACAACGGACUGUGCGUUUUUGCUUGUAUUUUUUGUCAAAGGGUUAAUAUAACCUGCUCUGACGUCUGCCUCUGAAAUUGUCCACUGCAUUUAUUUAUUUUAUUAUUUUUUUGCAAUGUGCAAUUUUUUCUCUUAGUGACUUUGCGUUGAAAGGCGCAAAUCUACAUCAUCAUCAGCAAUAACAAGGGAAUGCAGAUUUCGUUUUUCUUUUUUUUACCCACCGCACCCCCCUCCCCCCCAAUCCCCUAACGUUUACAUCUGAAAAAAAAAAUCCUUAAACACAACACACAUUGAGGAGCAAUCCCCCACGCAGGAGCUUCAUUGGAGCCAUGACUCUUCUGCAGAUUUGGACCGGGAAAUUGCAGCAGCCAGUAUAGCCUGACCAAGAAGACGCUGCUUCAUUUUUAUUUUUUGCCUUACUUUUCUUUUUUUUCGAUAUUUUUUGUAUUUUUUAAUUUUUGAACUUACUGGCACUUUUAAAAGUCUUAUUAUUUUUAGCAAGAUGUCUGAUCUUCUGGUGUUGGUUGAGGGGGUCUGUGACCUGCACGGAUUCCCUUAGUUGGGAAACAGCUGGGACAAAUUACGAGCUUUAUACAUAUAUAUUUUUGUAAGAAACAUUUAUAUAUGUAUAUUUGCCAACGGUUCUAUUCCGGCUUGUGGUUUGGUUGUUUAUUUUAUUUUUGUUCUCCAGUGGCUUUUAUUUUGGGACCACAGGCGGUUGGAUUACUGAGACUGUAUACAAGGAUUUGUGGAAAUGUUGGGUCUUCAAGAAGAUAAAUUAUGUGGAAUUGUCUCUGCUUUGGCGGCUCUGUCCUUUGUCUGCUUUGCUCAGAGCACCUCCGGAAACACCGGAAUAUCUAUGGCCAAAAAGACAGUGGACAAACUGCUGGAGGGAUAUGACAUCCGCCUGCGGCCUGAUUUUGGAGGUUCUCCAGUCAUCGUUGGAAUGAGCAUCAACAUCGCCAGCAUCGACUCCAUUUCAGAGGUCAACAUGGAUUAUACCAUAACGAUGUAUUUUCAACAAAGCUGGCGAGACAAGCGGUUGGCCUACACCGAGCUGCCCCUCAACCUGACCCUGGAUAACCGUGUGGCCGACCAGCUCUGGCUCCCCGACACCUACUUCCUCAACGACAAAAAGUCCUUCCUGCACGGCGUGACGGUGAAGAACCGCAUGAUUCGGCUACAUCCCGACGGCACCGUUUUGUAUGGGCUGAGAAUAACCACAACGGCCGCCUGUAUGAUGGAUCUGAGAAGGUACCCCCUCGAUGAACAGAACUGCACCCUGGAAAUCGAAAGCUACGGAUACACGACAGAUGACAUCGUCUUCUUCUGGCAAGGGGGCGACAACGCUGUGACGGGCGUGGACAAGCUGGAGCUGCCGCAGUUCUCCAUCGUGGAGCUGCGUCUGGUGUCCAGGGAGGUCAGAUUCACGACAGGUGCCUAUCCAAGGCUCUCGCUGAGUUUCAGGAUCAAGAGAAACAUCGGCUACUUCAUCCUGCAGACGUACAUGCCCUCCAUUCUGAUCACCAUCCUGUCCUGGGUCUCCUUCUGGAUAAACUACGAUGCGUCUGCCGCUCGGGUAGCCCUGGGUGUUACAACGGUGCUCACCAUGACAACCAUCAACACCCACCUUCGGGAGACCCUCCCAAAGAUUCCCUAUGUGAAAGCCAUCGAUGUCUACCUCAUGGGCUGCUUUGUGUUUGUGUUCCUGGCCCUGCUGGAGUACGCCUUUGUGAACUAUGUGUUCUUUGGCCGCGGGCCCCAGCAACAGAAGAAAAUCAACGAAAGGCUGAACAAAGCCAACAACGAGCGCCCACGAUAUGAGGAGAAACGUCUAAGGGAACAGGUGGACGCCUAUGGAAACAUCCUCCUCACGACGCUGGAGAUGAACAACGAGGUAAUGCCCUCCGAUGUCGGCAGCAGCGUCAGCGACUCCAGGAAUUCUGUCAUGUCGUUCGACAGCUCCGGGGUGCAGUUCAGAAAGCCCAUGGCCUCCCGAGACGGGUUCGGCCACCACUCGCUUGACCGCAGUGCCAUGCGCAAUCGUGCCAACUGCCGGCUACGAAGGCGAUCGUCGAAGCUGAAGCUCAAAAUCCCAAACCUUGCAGAUGUCAGUACCAUUGACAAAUGGUCCAGGGUCAUAUUCCCCAUUACUUUUGGAUUCUUCAACCUAAUCUACUGGUUAUACUACGUGAAUUGA